AUGUCCAAGAAUUAAGAGCUCAAGCAGGGUAUCGACCAAUCAGAUGAUGACUCAGGAGAUGAGCCAGAGAACUAUCAAUAUAAAAUAGUUGUCCUGGGUAAUGGUACUGUUGGAAAGACCUCCGUCAUCAUGAGGUUUUGUGAGGACUACUUCGCCAGAUCCUACAAACAAACAAUCGGAGUUGACUUCUUUGUCAAGAGAUUAGAAAUGCCUGGAAACGUUUAUGUGGCCUUGUAGGUAUGGGAUAUUGGAGGUCAGAGCAUAUUCGGGAAAAUGAUUUAGACGUACAUUUACGAAGCAAACGCUGUUGUAUUGGUGUAUGACAUAACGAAUCAGUAGAGUUUUCAGGACUUAGAAGAUUGGCUGAAUCUUGUGAAGCAGUCAUUUGCAGGCAAGGAGAUGCCCUUGCUCAUAUUGAUGGGAAAUAAGAUAGAUCUUAAUCACAUGCAGGCAGUUAAGAGUGAUUAACAUGAUUAAUUUGCUAAGGAAAACGGUCUUUAUUCCUUCUAUGUCAGCGCAAAAUCUGGGGACCAAGUCAGUAGCUGUUUCUAUAGGAUAGCAGCUGACUUAGCAGGUAUCGAAGUGCAAAAGCCAAUGGUAGAAAUAACAUAAAAGUAAGUGGUUGCAGAGAUAGUAUAGCACACCUAAAAUGAGGAGACUGAGCCAAGGGCAGAGGAAAAGCUAGAAAAGGCAAAGAAGAAGGAGUCCAAAUGCAUAUUGUUUUGA